AUGUCACUGAGGAAGAAGGGAGAUACUAUUGGUCCCGGAAUCAAUCCACGGCUGCCCGCCUCUAAGAACGUCGUUCUGCGACAAGGAGCACCCAUCAGAGAGAGAGGUUGGGGGCAUGAGAGCAAAGGAUGUGCCACGUCCCCCCCCAAGAGGCAGUCCCUGGGCAUGCGCAGGAGAAGCGAAACCUCGGGCCUCUCAUCCCGGCCCUUAGAGAAGCCUCCUGCUGGGAACUUGUCAGAAAAUUACUACUUCCAGAGAGGGCCUCUGGGCCUGAGGCAGUGCGGGACUACUAUAAAAGGCAGCCCAACUCUCUGCUCUCCCAUCCACUUCUCUCGCCUCCUUCUCCUUGGCAGCCAGGUGCACCUCUUGCCCACAGACAUGUCCUGCUGUAGCCCGUGCCAGCCCUGCGGCCCCACCCCGCUGGCCAACAGCUGCACUGAGCCCUGUUGCUUACAGUGCCAGAGCUCCACCGUCGUCAUCGAACCCUCUCCUGUGGUGGUGACCCUGCCCGGCCCCAUCCUCAGCUCCUUCCCGCAGAACACCGUUGUGGGCUCCUCCACCUCCGCUGCCGCCGGCAGCAUCCUCAGCAGCCAGGGAGUGCCCAUCUCCUCCGGGGGCUUUGACCUCUCCUGCCUUACCAGAGGCUACUGUGGCAGCAGGUGCCGCCCCUGCUAA